UUCAAGUCUUAAGCCCACUUCUUCUGUGAAAGAGCGGAAGGAAUAUGUGAUAGGCUUGCCUCUUUUCCGUGAACCCCACGACACUCGGGGUGUCUGUCUCAGUGGUUUCACCCCCUCCAUCCUUCCGCCCUUUAUAUUGGUCCAUUUUCCAGUAGUUGGGAAGAUAGUAUAGAAUCCAUUAGAGCAGGCACUCCUCAUGACGAGCGAAUUCAAGCAGAAGCAGAGGAAGCAGAGUCGCUGUUCGGUCCUUGACCUGUUUGGGCGUAACCCAGCAGUCCAAAAUGGACUCCCCUACAUUUACUUGUUCCUCCUGUUCCGGUCGCUACCGUUCGCCGCUGCAGAUGGCGGUAAUGAAUCCCAACCUGUCAAUGGUUUCUAUGGUUUCGGCAACUCUUUCAACCCUUCCAUGGGUAUCAUACUGGUCGUCCUCAUAAGUGCCUUCUUCUUCAUGGGCUUCUUCUCAAUCUACAUCCGCCAGUGUUCCGAGUCUCGCAACGGUGGAAGCAUUCGCCCUAAUGGCGAAACCGGAGUGUCACGAAGAGUAAAUCGAGGUCUCGAUCCGGCCGUUAUGGAAACUUUCCCAACCUUCGCUUACUCAUACGUGAAGGGUCACAAAUUGGGGAAAGGAGCCCUGGAAUGCGCCGUAUGCUUGAACGAAUUCGAAGAAGACGAUAAGAUUCGAUUGUUGCCCAAGUGUGAUCAUGUGUUCCAUCCUGAAUGCAUUGAUGCUUGGUUAUCUAAUCGCACAACAUGCCCAGUCUGUAGAGCUAACCUCGUUCCUGUAGCCGGCGAAACACCUGCAACUGUUGUACCGUUACAGGACAUGGAAGGCGAUUCGAAUGGGGAAAUCCCGACAUCGGAACCAGGGGUUGAUGUAGAGAACCAGCAAGUUUUCAUUAAUGUGCUAAGCGAAGAACCACAGGUGGUGCCGGUGGUGCCGGCGGAGGUAAUUAAUCAAAUCCCAAAGCAGAACCGUCUACCGAAAUCGGGAUCGACGAAGCCGAGAUACACGGGGAGAUUUCCGAGGUCGCAUUCGACAGGGCACUCACUGGUCCAACCGGGAGAAAACGUCGAGCGGUUCACCCUCCGGUUGCCGGAAGACGUGAGGAAGCAAAUCAUGAACAUGAGACAUCUGAACCGGACCAGGAGUAUGGUGUUGUUCCCAAGGAUAGGGAGUACCAGGAGGGGUUACCGGACGACCGGUGAAGGGAGUAGCAGAGGAGGGAAAUCGAUGAGGGGGGAGAUAGGAGAGAAACCGGAAGGGUGGGUUUUUUCGAUGACACCGCCUUUCUUGAUGAGGGCUUCUUCUCAUCGGUCACCGAAGAUGACAGGAGCAGGGAAUGUUCCGAUGACUCCUCCUCGUCCUAAACCUUCUAUGUCGCCGUUGCGAGUGAGCUUGAAGGCUGACGGAACUGGACCGUCGAUGACUCGCCCUCCGCUUUGAUUGUCGUCUCCGUUCCUCAAUUGAUUCGAUUUUCCCCCUUUGGGGUCGGGGAAUGGCGUACAAAUUUUGGCUUUUUUUAUAUUUUUUUGUGUAAUAAAGAAGAAAAAAAAAAAGGUGGUGUAUGAUAUAGCGUGUGGGGUAACCUGGUACUAUCCAUUCUCUCUGUUAUGGGAACCAAAUUGAAGAGACAAGAGAACAUAAAGAUAGAGGGAGAGGAAGAGGGAGAGGGAGAGGGGGAGGGGGAUGCUCUGCCAAAGCGAAAGUAGGGCUGACUGAGACAGAAGAUGGUGUCGCCUUGUCACCAGCCAGGCAGCCACAGCCGUGCAAGCAUUCAAUGCUUAGUGUUGGCGGGGCUGUUAGGGUACAUGGCGGUGCGGGCGGUGGUUGUGGGGCUUCUGGUUAUGCUUUGGAGUUGGAUACCGUGAUGGAGAAUGGAGAUGCUCCAAGGACGAGAUCAGACUUACAAGAUUUUUUAUUUUUUAUUUUAUGGUUGAAGAUUGAACACAUGGGUUACUUUUUUGUACAGUUUCUUUGAUUUUUGGGGAAUAAAAUUUUGGUUUUAUA